CACGUGACACAAUAUGGCCUCUAGAUCAGCGAACGUCCACAGAGUCGUGUCGAUGUCGCACACUGUCGCGCUUCAGUUCAGUUAACGGCGUUCACACUGAAAGCAGGUGGAUUCUGUGUGUAUGUGGAACAACAGCUUCGGAAGGAAACUACAUCGCUGUGUAAAAAGAUAAGUGUAAAGCGGUGUGAAAGUGAGAGGAGUCGCUGAGUGAGUGAGUGAGUGAGUGUGUGUGUUGUGAGUGUGUGAGUGAGAGACGCUGAAUCAGCAGCACCCACUCCCUCGUGUCCCGGGCUCCCGUUUUAGCGAUGCUGUUGACGGUGUUCUGCGCGCUGAGGGACCGCGGGGAGACCACCUUCGCCCUCGAGGUCUCUCCGGAGCUGGAACUCAGGGACUUUUUGGCUCUUUGUGAGCUUGAAUCAGGAAUACCCGCAGGAGAGAUCCAGAUCUCCCAUGCAGAGCAGCCUCUUAAAGACCUCACCCGAGCCCUGGGGAAUUUCGGCCUGAAGGAUGGAGACGUGGUGGUGUUGAGACAGGCUGAGAGAAGGCCAGCACCUCAACCAUCCUUCCCAGGUCUGCCCCGCAUUGAUUUUAGCUCUAUCUCGGUUCCUGGCACUUCCUCGAACCAUCGUUCCACCACACAGGCUCAAAAUCCCAGGGCUGACCAAACACCCCUUGCUACUUCCCCUGAGCUUUCUCCUCAAGGACUGGACAAUCCUGCCCUGCUGCGCGAUAUGUUGCUCGCCAAUCCACAUGAGCUGUCGCUGCUGAAGGAACGUAACCCGCCCCUGGCUGAGGCCUUGUUGAGCGGCGACCUUGAGCGCUUCACGAAAGUGCUGCAGGAGCAGCAGCAUGACCGAGCCAAAAGAGAGCAGGAGCGAAUCAGACUUCUUACUUCUGACCCCUUUGACCUGGAGGCUCAGGCCAAGAUUGAGGAGGAGAUCAGGCAACAUAAUAUUGAAGAAAACAUGACCAUUGCAAUGGAAGAGGCACCUGAGAGUUUUGGCCAAGUGGUUAUGCUCUACAUCAACUGCAAGGUUAAUGGACACCCAGUGAAAGCCUUUGUUGAUUCAGGAGCCCAGAUGACCAUCAUGAGUCAAGCCUGUGCAGAGCGUUGCAACAUCAUGCGGCUGGUAGACCGUCGCUGGGCAGGGAUUGCUAAGGGCGUUGGCACACAAAAGAUCAUUGGCAGAGUACAUUUGGCUCAGGUACAGAUUGAAGGGGACUUCCUGCCGUGUUCCUUCUCCAUUUUGGAAGAUCAGCCUAUGGACAUGUUGCUAGGACUUGACAUGCUGAAGAGACACCAGUGCUCUAUUGACCUUAAGAAGAGUGUGCUGCUUAUUGGGACAACAGGGACAGAGACACGUUUCCUUCCUGAAGGUGAGCUGCCAGACUGUGCCAGACUGGCGUACGGGCCAGAAGCGCGAGAGGACACCCGACCAGAGGAUAUCGCAGACCAAGAGCUUGCAGAGGCAUUACAAAGAUCCAUACAGGAUGGCGGGCAACACUGAUGCAUUGGACAGACAGCUGAACAGGGCCCUGCUUACCCAGAAAUUGCAGAUGGAAAAACUACCUCACCAGAGUCCCCGCCACUCGAGUUUCCCCAACCUGUUCAUACAAGUCCUAGUCGAAGUUUUACAUUAGACCGCUCCAGAUCUGCUCCAGCCUCCAUUAGCCAGAGCCUGUCAUCAGAGGCAUCAUUCAGUCCAUCUCAAACCCAGGGAGAAAUAAAGUCACCACCAUCUGACACCCAGGGCACGAGUGAACACAACCCAACAUCUGCCUCAUCCCUGCCUUUAGUAGUGGAAGAAUAUGCUCAAAAUCCUUCCCACAUGCAGGUUGAUGAUUUCCAACCUCAGUCAACAGGAUCACCCAUUCUCCCUGCUCAGGAACCAUUUUCUAGUACUGUGUCAAAUGACGAUGAAGGGAAUCAAUUUAUACUUUGCAGGAAGUCCAUGGUAGAUUUGGAUGCAGGGGAAGGCUUAGAGGAAAUAGAAGAACCUGAUUCCCAGACUGACUCCCAGAAUGAUGUUUGCCUUCAGGAAGUAGAUACUGCAGAUUCUCCUGAUCCAGAAGCUAUCAGAGUUCAAAUAUCUGAUAACUUCCCAGAAAAAGAUCAAGGCAACAUAAUGAAUGUUGUAAAUGGUCAAACAGAUCAGCUUUCAGAGUUUACGAAUCACCACACCCUUACAGGUCCAUCUAGUUCAUCUAAAGACUCUCUUGUCGACUUAGAAUCCGAGAUGAAUAUGGAAACUAGCCUUGUUUCAAACAGUGAAAUGACUUCAGAAAGGGACCAGUCAGAAAGCAACAAUACCCCUUCUCUGGCUCAAGCCCUGAAGGAACUUCAUAAGCUUUUAAUGUCCAACAAUAAUGCUCAGGCUUCUGCCCGGAGCCCUCUACCUGACACCUCAAUGCCAGACACUGAUGAAGUUGACCAUAACCCAACAAGAAAGGAUUAUGCAAGUGCUGGCCCAAAUGUUAUUUCAUCAUCUCAUACUGCCAUGACCAACAAAACAACAUUUGCCAAAUCUGAAUAUGAUGCUCUAGAAGAGGAUGGUACCUUUGAAGGAUUGGCAGUAAGAUCUAAAAUACAAGAAGGCAAUCAUUCUGAUGGGUUUGCAAAUAUUGAGGAAGACAUGACAAGGAUUCCUGAAGGAAAUCAGGUGGAUGAUAGUGGGGAAGAUCUUAUGUUGGAGCCAGAGGAAGCCCCUCCAGCUGAACCAUCCCAAUCCCAACAGCAACCAUUGUCUGUAGCAGUUGGCUCCUCGGCAGGCAGUUCCAACCUUGUGCCUGUAGAAUCCUCUUAUCCAUCAGUACAAAGUCCUGGCUUGGCUCUUCUCCCUCUUUUAGACUCCAUCCAGCCUUCCACACUAACAUUAUUGGGACAAUACCCUGUAGAGCACAUUGAGAGGAUCCAAGCAGCAGGGUUCUCGUCUCAUGAGGCAGCUGAAGCACUCGAACAGGCUGAAGGCAGUGUGGAACUUGCCCUACUGGUGCUGCUCGCCAGGAAGAUCACUGUGCCCACUUAGACCCAUUACAGACUUAUUUGCCACAUAAUUUGGAUUCUGUGCUCUUUCUUUUUGUUGCCCUUUUUCCCCUUUAUUUGUGCAUAGUUAAUGUAUUGUUUUAAAUCAGUUUAUAUGUUCCCAUAUCAAUAGCAAGCUUUUUGAAGGAAAUGUUUAGGCAAUUUGCACAAAGUAAAGCCUGAAAUUUCUUUCCCACCUCCUUUAAAUGGUUUCCAAAUAUUGAGGGUUACUGCUUUUAAAUGCUGUCUGGUUUAAGUUGAUUUGCAUAUUGCUAUUGAUGGUUACUUGUAUGUAACUUGUUCGUUUGACAUGCAGAGACAUGAGUUUUAUCUCGGAUGACAAUGCCUUUAAUUGAGUGGCUGUAUAACUCAGCAGUGAAUGGUGUUUUAAAUUGAAUAGUUUUAUCUCUCUCUCUUUUUUUUUUUUUUUUUUUUAAUUCUCAAACUACUGAGGAUAACUAUACCUUGCUCUUUAAAUAAAUUUUGGAAUUAAAAUUGGGUGGUUCUUGAAUAUGAAAAAGCAGUUAGUAAAACAAUUUUAAGGUUGCUGUUUUAUGAAAACACACAGACUGGUCCCCAGUGGCAUGUUAAGCUUAAGCCUAGAUUUUAAAAAAAAAUUGCCGGUGAAUCAUCAUGAUGUGUGUCCCAAGUUAGAACAUACAAAUACAUACCAACUUAACCCAUAUCUGUGAGGCCAGUGUAGAUGGAACUCCUUUGCUGAAUUUGCAAUAAUUACCAAAUACUGUAUCUUUUAUUUCUCUCAGAUUUUAUGCUCAUUUUAUAAUCACCAAUUCUGUUAAACUUGACCAUUGUGUUUUAUCAUGUUUGAAAUGGUUGCCUUCAGCUUUUUUAAAACAUAUACAAGCCCCAAAGCUUAUUAGUGUUAAAAACAAUCUUCACCAGUAUUUUUUUUAGCUUUUUUCAGUCAGAAAGAGAUUUUUUUGUGUGUAACAAAUGGGAAAUUAAUAGUUGUGGGAGGACGAGAUGUAAUACCCGGUGGUCAGGAAACUUCUGCGAGUCAUAUUUCAUUACCAUUUGUCUAUGUUUUACUUUUCAGGGAUUUUGCAAUAGUCUUUUUUGAUGACACUUAUUGUUGAUAUGAAACAUGAUCUUAGCAUAGUUUGGUGUGAAACUAUUCAAUGAUCAGAAAAGUACAAUUAAUUGGACGGGGACUGGAGGCCUGUUUGGAUUUUAGUUUUUGUGCUUUGGUCAUCAGCGCACAUGAUUACAUGACAUAUGCUGAUUUGUGUACGAUUCAAUCAAUUCUCCCACCUUGUUUGUUUGUUUUUUUCCUUCUCCAUGACUUUGAUCAUGUUUGGUGGAAAUCCAAGCUGCUCUGUCUAGCUGUCUGAGUGUAUAACCUUUGACAUUUUAUAAGGUAGUGUCUGACUCAGCUGUCUUUACUGUUUGGAUCAUUUCCUUUCAACUUGUAUACAAUUAAAAAAAAUAAAACAAUUAAAGAAAAAUGUGUUUCUUUAUAA